AUGUCCUCGGACGCAUUCGGUGGCGCGUCGUCGAUCGACUGCGCCUCCAUCGUCGAGAAACUCAUGCAGAAGGAUCGUGACCUCGAGAUAGCAGCGAAAAUUGGCCAGUCACUCCUCGAACAGAACAAAGAUCUGCAGCAGAGAACCGAAUUCCUCGAAGAGAGCCUGGCAAAGAGUUCCGAGGAAAUGGUACAAAUGAAACAUGAGCUCGAUAGGAAGGCUGAGUUGCUCCGAGUUUACUGCCAUUACGAUGACGACGGCUUUACCCGAGAAACGAUUGAUGAUUCUCUCAAAAAACGCUUGGAGAAGACACGAUUGGAAAACCUUCAACUAAAACAAGAUGUGUUUUCGAUAAAGAAGGAGAUGGAGGCGCAAAUAGAUCGGGAUCGAAAAAGAUACGAAGAUGUUUCACGUCAAUUCGAACAGGCCCAACAUCAGAUUGCCUCCUUACACGCACAAGUCAUCGAAAGAGGCGAAGAUUACGCAGCUCAGUCGUUGGUGGUGGAGAAGUUGCUUCGUGAGAUCUCGUUGAAAUGCUGUCGUGAACGGGAGCUGACAGCUGAGAACGUAGACUUGAGCCGCCAAGUCGACGAGGCGCUCCAACGUCAGACUGAGCUGAGCAUGCAAAUGAAAGAGCUCCAAGAACGAUAUGCUGAGUUGAGGAGUAUGUUCUGUGAUGCUGAGGAGGAACUGUCCCGAUUUCGCUCAGCACCUCCGCUUAGGACUGGUUCUGUGGAUUCAUUGUACGAUUCGCUAGCUUCUGAACUUGAGAACAGUGACAGCGGUUUUUCAAGCACACCUGCUGCUAGUGCAAGAGCUGGUGAAGCUCUGAACCUACGACUUGAACUGCAAAGAGUGACAGAGGCGAAAAUCAAGCCAUCACCGUCAAAAGAAGAGGUUGACGUUCCAUCGAGCGUAUUAGCCGAAGUGGUUCGUAAAAAGAUCUCUAUUGAACCAAUUGCACCACCGCAAACUCCACAAAGUGAUGCGGCGGUCACUCCAACAGAAACCGCUCCCACUCCCACGAAAAAAGCAGGACUCGUCCGAAAACUCACAUGCGAUGUGAGCACUUCUUGUACGGAACUGGCUGGUCCCUCUCUCUCUCCUCUUGCAACUUCCACUCCUGGAAAAUCAACUACUACUGAGGGACUUCUACAGCUGUCCGAGCCUCGAUCGACCUCCUCAACCCCGGGCACUCCACCAUCAUCACUGUUCCAUCCGCGAUUCCGUGGUUCACUACGCCUACCGUUACAUUCACAAACGACUGCGGCGCUGAGCAAAUGCCCCUCGGACGAUUCACUGGAGGACUACGUAGCUCCAAAAAUGGGCGAACCGGGUGUGCCUGGCACCCGUGAUCUCAACUUCUCUCUCAGGAUGCUCAAGGCUCGUAGGAAGACGAUUUCACCGUCUGUACCUGCACGUCAACCAUUGCUGGACAGCCUUGUACACCAGCAGCUGCUUCGGUGGCGACGGCGGCUUCUUCUAGACCGUCAGUCGACAAAAAUUUCGAAAUCAAGGGAAGAGCCAUGGAUCGACUAUAGCGUUGUCCUCGGACAGGAUCAUCAGAGGAUGGUUCGAUCUUACCGCGGAGCAGUAACGGUUGGUCUCGGUGCUUUGAAACUAUCGGAACAGUCAGGAGUUCUAUCUAGAGCUGAGAUCAACACGCCUACUUGUUCUCCACAACGAAUCUCCGAUAACAUGCUCUCUGGUGGUUUGCGAUCUUUGACUCCUUCGCUAUCCGGCACAGUUGGAGACGCAUUUUCCGGAAAAGGGAUCCUUGUGCGUCGAUUUUAA